UUCGAAGGAAAGUAACGGCGCGUUAUUAACGGGAGAAUUGGUUAAUGUAAAUUGACAAAAUGUAUACUGUUACAUGUAUCGCACCUGUCAAUAUUGCUGUUUUAAAGUAUUGGGGUAAAAAAGAUGAAGAAUUAAUAUUACCAGUAAAUGAUUCUAUUAGUGCUACCUUGGACACUGAUCAUUUAUUUACAAAAACUACUGUAAUGACAAGUGAAAAUUUUAAAGAGGACCGUAUGUGGCUGAAUGGACAAGAAGAAAAUAUGGAGAACUGUAGAUUGCAGCGUUGUUUAACAGAGAUUAGGAAAAGGGCAAAACAUUCCAAACAUCUUCAAUGGAAAAUUCAUAUUUGUUCAGAAAACAAUUUUCCAACUGGAGCUGGUCUAGCUUCUAGUGCAGCAGGUUAUGCUUGUCUUGUACUGGCUCUAGCUAAAUUAUACGAGAUAAAAGGUGAACUUUCUUCAAUAGCCCGUAUUGGUUCUGGAUCAGCAUGCCGCAGUGUUAUAGGAGGUUUUGUAAAAUGGUCUAUGGGGUCUUUACCAGAUGGUUCUGAUAGUAUAGCAAAACAAAUUGUACCUGCUUCUCACUGGCCGGAAAUGAGAGUUAUAAUAUUAGUUCUUGAUGACACAAGAAAAAAAGUUCCAAGUUCAAUUGGAAUGAGAAGAAGCAUGGAGACAUCUGAUAUGUUAAAAUUAAGGAUAAACUAUGUUGUAUCUGAUAGAGCGAAAAGAAUUGAACGUGCAAUUAUUGAAAAAGAUUUUGAAACAUUUGCUAUAUGUACCAUGAAAGAUUCAAAUCAAUUGCAUGCAAUAUGCAUGGAUACAUAUCCACCACUUUUCUAUAUGAAUGAAGAAUCACGUGCUAUUGUUGAUCUUGUUCAUACAUAUAAUGAAACUGUUAAAAAAGUACAGGUUGCAUAUACCUUUGAUGCAGGACCAAAUGCAGUUUUGUAUCUUUUGGAGGAAAAUGUGCCAGAAUUUUUAGGAGUAUUACUUUAUGCUUAUCCAGAAAUUGGUAAAAUAGAAUAUUGCAAAGGACUACCAAGAGAUAAUAUUUUAAUUUCACAAGAAUUAAAUAAAGCCAUGAAUAUAAAACCCCAUGAAAUAAGCCCUCCAGUACGUAUUAAAUGUAUGAUUCAUACUAAACUUGGAGAUGGUCCGAAGUACAUAAUACAACCUGAGAAUCACCUUUUAAAUCAAAAAGGACUGCCCAUUAAUCAUGUCUAA